UUACAGAUACGCUUGAAAAUCUUCGAUCAGCUUUGCAGAGGAUCUAUGAUAUCGAAACACGCAUUGCUGCAACGAAGUUGUUGUCCUCCCGCUGAUUGCUAUUUAUCUUCGAAGCGGCUCAUCUUCGAAAAUUAAAAGUUCUCGGGAUACUUUCGACUGGAAUCAAUCGAUUUUUGAUGAAAUGAUCGCUAAAUCGCAGAGCGAAUGAGUACACAGACGUGAUACGUACUACGUAGUGCCACGAGUACAGUGAAAGUGCAAGUACGUUGGCUGUGCUUCUCUGGCAAAACAAAGAGGGAAGAAAUGACUUUUGCGUUCAUCCAAGCGUACGACGUAUCCGCGAAACCAGUUUUGGCCGACAUAAUGAUCCAAAAACCCGACAGGAACGCUAACGAGCUCCAACGUUUUUUCCCUAUAGCUUGUACAUAUAAAUUUUACAGAAGAAUUGACAAACAAAUUGGAGCACAAGCUACACCGACAAGUUCAGUUCGAAAAUCAAUUCUAAAUGAAAUUGUCACGAGAUCUCUCGCGACGAACGAUGGAUCAUCAACUCCAUCCGGAAAGCAAGGAAUUAUUACGAGAGAGGAGUGA